AUGAUUGUGUCCAACGUGAGCCUGAGCUGCGCGCACUGUCCCGCGGGAGGACACGGCACAGCGGAGGCGACGGCGCACGUGGUGGACGAGCAGGUCUCCGGCUCUCUCCCCGCUCCGUCCCUCAGCCCGACGGGACACCUGGUGGUGGCGGUGUGCCUCGGCUUCAUCGGCACCUUCGGGUUCCUCAAUAACUUCGUGGUGCUCGCGCUGUUCUGCCGGUACCGCGCGCUGCGCUCGCCCAUGAACGUGCUGCUCGUGAGCAUCUCGGUGAGCGACCUGCUGGUCAGCACGCUGGGAACCCCGUUCAGCUUCGCGGCCAGCACGCAAGGGCGGUGGCUGAUCGGACGCGCCGGGUGCGUUUGGUACGGUUUCAUUAACGCAUGCUUGGGCAUCGUGUCUCUCAUUUCCCUGGCUGUGCUGUCAUACGAGCGCUACUGCACCAUGCUGGCGCCCACGGUGGCUGAUGGGAGAGAUUACGGCCCGGCGCUGGCCGGCGUUUGCUUCUCCUGGCUGUACUCUGUGGCCUGGACUGUGCCCCCGCUGCUGGGCUGGAGCAGGUACGGCCCCGAGGGUCCCGGCACCACCUGCUCGGUGGACUGGAAGACCCAGACGCCCAACAACAUCUCCUACAUCGUCUGCCUCUUCACCUUCUGCCUGGUGCUGCCAUUUGGCGUCAUCGUCUACUCCUACGGCAAGCUGCUGCAGGCCAUCAGACAGGUCCGCAGUGUGAACUCGCUGGUGUCCCGUCGCCGAGAGCAGCGGGUGCUGCUGAUGGUAGUCACCAUGGUGGCGUGCUACCUGGUCUGCUGGCUGCCUUACGGAGUGGCGGCCCUGCUGUCCACCUUUGGCCCCCGUGACCUUUUGACCCCGGAGGCUAGCAUCAUGCCCUCGCUGCUGGCCAAGUCGUCCACCGUCAUUAACCCCGUGAUCUAUAUAUUCAUGAACAGACAGUUCUACAGGUGUUUCAGGGCCUUCCUGAGCUGCUCCACCCCCGUGCGAGGCUCCACCUUGAAGACACUAUCAAGGGCGACCAAAACCGCGCGCACCGCCCGCCAGGGGAACGAGCAAAACAUCUCCGUCGCCGCGGCCUCCACAGCCCGGCCCACGCCCAAUCACGUCCACGAGUCAUCCGAGGGAGCCAAUCACGUGGCGCCGUGCGGCUGCGACGCCCCGCCGGCCCCCGCCGCUUUCCAGACUGUGACCGCCACCAGUCCCAAGCCCAAAGUGACUCUCGUGGCUCACUACAGGGAGUAA